UGAGAGUCAACUAAUUCGUCGAUCGUUAUGACAAUCAUUUACACUUGUUUGUCUAUCGCAAUUUACUUUGCUUGAAGCAGGGGGUCACGAACGGGUGAAACAGGUGAUGCGGGUAUGCAUAGAAGAUGCAAGUAUGAUCGAAUGUGGACGUGUAGGCUAGCAAGUUUUCAACUUCAUUUCCUGCCAUUUGUUUUGGGUCUUCUGAUGUUCAUCAAAUAUUAAAGUUAUCUACAACUUCAUGAUUUUGAUUGUCUCGUCAAUCGGAUAGGGUUGUUUUCAUGGUAGUUUCGUAUUCAUUGGUACCAGCGCUAGAAACUGUUACCGUUUGCUCGGGGCUCAUGAAAAUAUUGGCUCGAAGAUUUCCACGCCAGUCCAUCAUUGAACAUCGCUAUCAAUCGAGUGUUUGUGGUACAACUUACAAACUCGAAGAUAUGCUCGAAACCAGUCGGUCUAUUUCAUGUUCACUAGCUGAUUUCUAAGCUUGAUUCUAACUAAGGGGUUCAUUGAAAUGCCGACGGAUAGAAAAUUUAAAUUUUUCAUUUUACUGUAGCAGCCAUAGUUGUACAGAUUGAUGGGGAGGAUGGAUAAUCGUAAUAAGUCGGAACAGAAGCAGAUAUGAUAUCCUGCAAUUGAAUAAACUUGAUUUCUUCGAAGGAAUUACAUCAUUAGAAAUAUAUGGAAUAGAGAACAACAUCACCACUGAUCUAUCAGAGUACACAGAUAUUAACCUUAAUAUUUCCACUCUUUCAUCAUCUUCAUCACCUGAUUCGAAAAAAAAAAAUUGAGCAGCAACAAAAUGACGUCGUCCGUCUUUUGGCAACACUUGUUCGCUGACACACAUGAUGGGCAUUUCCUAAAUGCCUGCCUCCAUUCUGUGGUCAUGGUUGGCGCUACCGAAAUUGGUGACAAGACAUUUUUCAUCGCCGCUAUUUUGGCAAUAUCGAGGCCUGCGACUCAUGUUUUCCUGGGAUGCUGGGGCGCAUUAGCGGCGAUGACAGUUCUGUCAGGUAACUGUUUGUUUGAGAAGUUUUAUUGUUUAAAACUCGAUGAUGUUUUAGCAGGGCUGGCUUUGCGUCUUGUAUAGAAUGCAGCCAGCACAUAUGUAUAGCAAAAAUACAACUCUGAACUUUUUUCUCGUCCACCCACUAAGAAAUAUUAAUUGCAACAUUUUUCAUUCUUUGACCUCGGAAGGAACAAACACUAAAACUAUCACGAAGUAGUAACCUUAAAUUUUAUUCAAUACCCAUCCACCACAGCGGUCAUCGGAGUAUUGGUGCCGACGCUAUUUAGUUCCGUUAUAAGUCACUGGUGUGCAAUCGCUCUUUUCGUGUUUUUCGGCGUGAACGCAAUAAAAGACGCAAUAAGCAUGUACAGUAAAGGAGAAGGUGAUGGCGUAAGCGAUGAACUAGCAGAAACCGAGAAGGAGCUUAGCGACGCCGACACAAUACGGAAGGUACCUCUUCUUGUUCUUUUAGCACUGAAUCCCUUAUCGGACCAGCACACGUAUGUCUGGCAUAUGAUGUCUCACGUCUCCCUGUGUGUUGAGCGAUGGAUUGUAGCGAUGUUCACAAACACAUCAUCAACAUCAUUAUGAUCAAAAUGUCCAUCCAGAGUAAAAAUGCCUUGGGAUUGAUCGCGGCGAUAUUUACUAUGACGUUCGUUGCAGAGUGGGGGGACAAAAGUCAAGUCGCAACCGUAGCUAUGGGCGCUGCCCGUGAUUUCGGAGGAACUGUGCUUGGAGCGGUACUUUCUUUUCUCUCAUUUAGUCGCAUCCAUUCGCUUAAUGGGCGGCUUGGCGUGUUUCUUUCUUUGUUCAAAACUUUAUGAUGCCCGCCUAGAAAAAAUUAUCACUUCACAAGAGCUGACGGUGCAACUCAUGAUACAACCCACUUGUACUUUUAUAGAAUCUUGAUCCUCCUUCCCUCAGGUACUCGGACACGCUUGUUGCACAGGUAUGGCUAUAGCAGGCGGAAAAGUCUUGUCGAAGCAUAUAUCAGAAAGAGCAGUGACCCUUGGAAGUGGAAUCGUUUUUGUUCUAUUUGCACUCUAUGCAAUAUGGACGGGCCCCGAAGAGUAGCUAUUCAUUGCGGUCUAAUGAAUUGUUCUUUUUUUCAAUUGUAAGCUCUUUUUUUCAAUUGUAAGCACAUAGACUGAUCAUAAUAUACACCCCACACGAGGUAGUGCCAAUGCCUCAAAACUCAUCUACUACGUAGACUUUUAGCUCGAUUCGGGCGCCAUCACCCUUGACACUGCCACCCAAGGCAUCUUACCCAUGCAAACUGAAUUCGAAUGUUGCAACGCAGCAUCAUGAAGAUGAUUUGUAAAUGUGGACCUGUUCAAAUGAAUCCUUGAUGAACGUCAAGGACGCCAUGAUUUUAUUUCCUGCCAGGCUUGAAGUUGAAUCCUCUUCCACCCCUUCCUGCUGCGCAAACAGGACUCCCUUUCCCCUCGCACCUCAAGAUUGAAGAGUCGUCAUUGGUUUCAUA